AUGUCUGCUGCCGUUUCAACUUUAUCCGAUAUCCUCAAACGUAAUGAUGCUGUUAACGUAAACCCACCAAAUCCAAUUAUUGAUUUACAUAUCACUGAACAUGGUAGUGAUUGGCUUUGGGCAGUUUUUUCAGUUUUCGCAUUGUUUGCAAUCGUGCAUGGGUUCAUCUACAGUUUUACUGACGUUAGAAAAUCUGGUUUGAAAAGAGCUUUAUUGACAAUCCCAUUAUUUAACAGUGCUGUUUUUGCCUUUGCUUACUAUACUUAUGCUUCUAAUUUGGGUUACACUUGGAUUUUGGCAGAAUUCAAUCAUGCUGGUACUGGAUUUAGACAAAUCUUCUAUGCUAAAUUUGUUGCUUGGUUUUUGGGUUGGCCAUUAGUGUUGGCUAUUUUCCAAAUUGUCACCAAUACCAGCUUUACUACUACCGAAGAUGAAUCUGAUUUGCUUAAGAAAUUCAUUUCUUUAUUUGAAGCUUUGUUUACUAGAGUUUUGGCAAUUGAAGUUUUUGUCUUGGGUUUAUUGAUUGGUGCUUUAAUUGAGUCUACUUACAAAUGGGGUUACUUUACUUUUGCUGUUGUAUUCCAAUUGUUUGCUAUUUAUUUAGUAAUCAAUGAUGUGGUUGUUUCAUUUGGUUCAUCUUCUCAUUCAGUCUUUGGCAAUGCUCUUAUCCUUGCUUUUGUUGUUGUUUGGAUUUUGUACCCAGUUGCUUGGGGUUUGAGUGAAGGUGGUAACGUUAUUCAACCUGACUCAGAAGCAGUGUUUUAUGGUAUCUUGGACUUGAUCACUUUUGGUGUUAUUCCAAUUAUCUUGACUUGGAUUGCCAUCAAUAAUGUUGAUGAAGAAUUUUUCACCAAAGUAUGGCAUUUUCAUUUAAAACCAGAAAAUGAACAUGCUCCAACUGCUACUGAAGAUGUUGAAAAAGCUGUUGGUGAAACCCCAAGACACUCUGGUGAUACUGCUGUUGCUCCAUCUGGUGUCCCAGACACUGGUGCUGCUCAAGCACAAGCCGAAGCUGAAGAACGUAUUUAG